UCUCUGAAGUCGCAAGAAAACACGACGUCCUCCAUGGACGGGACGCCGCAAUGGAUAAUCAUUCACUUGGGGACACAGAGAGCACCGCUGGCUCAAAAACGAAAGUGGUAAUUACAGAAGAGCAAAAGAAGCCUUCUAAAAUACCACUGUGGUUACAAACCCAACUUGUCAAGAUCCGUACCAGCCGGACGCGCCAGGCCAUUCUAGCAUUUUUCUUCAUUGUUGCCGUCGUACUUCUCGCGGUUUUGAUCUGGUUAGAAACAAGGGGUCAUCUCCCAGAAAUUUUCAAGAAAACCGUCCCCUUGGAACUAUCCCAAGGAAACUAUCUUGGCGAAAUUGUACCGGCGAGUACAAAAUAUCCCCGUAGCGUCCAAGCGUUUCGUGGAAUACCAUAUGCGCAAUCGACCGCUGGCGACAACCGCUUCAGACUUCCGCAACCAAUAAACGGUACAGCAGACCGUAGCAAUGCGCAACGUGCAAUCAGCUUCGGUCAUCUUUGUCCCCAGGGUAGCGGUGGGAAGAAUCAAGGCGAGGAUUGUCUGAAUUUCAAUCUCUAUAGACCUCAUUACCAAAAUGACUCGAACACUACCGCUGCUACGAUAUCUAGGUUUGGCAAGUUGCCAAUACUUAUUUACGUCCAUGGCGGCGGGUUCAACGGCGGAAGUGGUUCCGAAAGAAAGAUGAUGAGUUUUGUGUCGUGGUCAGAGACGCCUCUUAUUGGAAUGAGCUUCAACUAUCGACUUGGCGCCUUGGGUUUCUUACCCAGUGCUGCGGCUCAGAAGGCUGGCCUGUUAAAUCUGGGAUUAAGGGAUCAACAGGCGUUCUUCAAAUGGGUACAGGAUAACGCGGUCGACUUCGGCGGGGAUCCUAAUAAUGUUACGAUAAUGGGGUUAAGUGCUGGUGCUCAUUCGGUUGGACACCAUCUAAUAUCGUACUCUCCCGCAAAUAAGUUAACUUCGUCACCUCCGCCUUUUCAAAGAGCCAUCAUCGAAUCCGGUGGCUCAUUGGCUCGAGCUACAUUCGUACCUACUCAUCCACUCCACGAACAGCAAUUUCAACAGUUUCUAACGGCAGCUGGGCUAAAUGACACUGCUGAAGAGCAACUCUUUGACGAACUCCGCGCUCUCCCUUUAGAUAAGAUCGCUAACGCCUCUAACACCGUAUGGAGACGUUGGGAGGGUAGUUUGCGUUGGGCCUUCCAACCUGUCAUUGAUGGACCGGGAGGAAUAAUUCCCGAUUUACCUUCCCAAUCGUGGAAGAAGGGAAACGUUAUGCGCAUCCCGAUUUUAACAGGGUUCAACACGAAUGAGGGCGCCAUAUUCGUCCCACAGCAUGCGAAUAACGCAUCGGCAAUGGAUAAUCUUCUGUCCUCUAUUGUUCCAGCUCUUAACAAAACAGAUUUGAGUACCUUAGACACGAUGUAUCCAGACCCUACUACUACUGUAGGGGAAAAGUUGUACGUCUAUCAGCCGCCCUCUGGCUACGGGACACAGUUUUGGAGGCUGGAUGAUUCAUACGCGCACUAUGCGUACAUCUGCCCAGUGCUCCAGGCAGCAGACUUGGCUUCGAAUGCAAAUGAGUCCCAGCCCAUUUAUACUUACCACUACGCCGCUCGAUCAAACAACCACGGUGGUGCUGAUCACGGCGACGAGACCCCGGUCGUAACACACGAUAUGGAUGCCAUUGGCAAUUAUCCUGGCGUCGUCGCGAUGGCGGACGCAAUGAAUGGGUAUUGGGCCCGAUUCGCGGCCACCGGUGACCCGAACCCCAAGGCAGGCACUGCUAGCAAUAGUACGACUGUCACAUGGGCUAAGUUCAUCAGCCCAUUUGAGAACACCACAGCAACUGCCGAAACCGCGAACACGAUCGCGCUAUUUGGUGAAGGCAAUGACGAGCGGAUGGGUGCCCGCGGACGCCAGAACAAGGGCAUCGCUGUGCAGGCAAGCAAUCUGACCGAGCGAGUUAGAACGGAGUGCCAGUUCUGGUUUGAUCGAGUCACGUUGAGCGAGGGUUGGGGUAAUGGAAGUACUUCUAUUACGUAGAGUACGAAGGCCAAGGGGAGGUUAUAGGCCUGUUGUCUCCAUCAGGGGAAGAAAGGAUGGAGUUGUUGAAUUUGUAUAAAAAAAGCAUGCGAAUACGCGUGCGAGUUGAGAUACCCAGUGAUUUUGAGCGAGGUUAGCAUUGAACGGAUCGGAUCGACAUGAAAGCAUGAGCAAGGCGUUUUGGGAGACGAGCAAGAAUAUUUGUCUAUUCAAUUAGAAAAGAGAAUAGAUCCCCUCAUCUCUGGAUGAGGGGCUGCAUAUGAAUGAAUACUUGAUACAUACUA